AUGUCCGACACGACCGAAGUCGACACGAACCCUAAACCGACUGUCAUUAUUGUCGGUGCUGGUUUGGGCGGUCUCAUGCUGGGGGCCUUGCUUGAGCGGGUUGAUAUCCCUUAUCUCAUUAUCGAGCGAGCCACCAGUUUCAAGCCUCUCGGAUCGGCGAUGAGUCUCGGAGGGCAGGUCCUACCGGUGUUUACUCAGCUUGGGAUCGCAGAAAAGUACCGAGCCAUAGCCAAGCCGUACACCUUCUCGCGAGGCAUUUCUGAGACUGGCAAGCCCUUACUCAAACUCGACUGGUCUGCUACCAAGGACGUUUACGGAUAUCCGAACUACAUUGUUGCUCGGCCUCAAUUAUACGAUCUCUUGUUAACUCAAGUCCCAGCACACAAAAUCUUGCUCGGAAAACGAGUCUUGACUAUCAGUGAAGACGACGAGCGAGUCAAGGUGCAAACCAGCGACAACUCCGUCUACGAAGGGGACAUCCUCGUCGGCGCCGAUGGCGCCUACAGUGCUGUUCGCCAACGACUCUACGAAACCCUGAAGCAGCUAGACCAACUCCCCAAGUCCGACCAGGAGGACUUGCCCUUCAAUUGUACUUGUCUUGUGGGCCAAACUGAGCCAUUGAACCCGGAAGAGUUUCCUCAGUUGAAGGAUACGGGGUACCCGUUUAUCUUUACGCUUGGUCGUGAGGGUAGACCGUACACUUGGACAAACUUCACGACUAUCGAUAACAGAAUCUGCUAUGUGGUCUUUGAACACCUCGACAAAUCUACCAGCAGAGCAGCUCAGGAGCAACGAUUUAGACAUUCGGAGAACUCGGAAUGGGGUCCCUACGCCGCCUUGACGAUGUGCGACGAGACCAGGGACUUUCCUAUCCAUUACCUUGGAAAGGACGGUGCCAAUUUGACCAUGGGGUAUCUCUAUGACAGGACGCCUCAAGAUCGCAUCUCCAAGGUCAUGCUUGAGGAGAAGAUCUUCAAGACCUGGCACCACAGCCGCACCGUCCUUCUCGGCGAUGGUGCCAUAACAGCAAUGCACGACGCAAUCGUGCUCGCCAAUCAAAUCUACGCCCUCCCCACAAACACCUCCCAAGCUAUCCACAAGGCCUUCACCGAAUACCAAGCCGAGCGUUACCCUCCUGCCAUCGAGGCCUCCCGGAACAGCGUCCUUCUCAGCAUGAUCCUCAGUAAAGGGUUCAUGGGGAUGGUUGCGUUGUUUGUGACGCAAUAUAUCCCCGAUUGGCUCUGGAGGAUUUUUGUGAGAAAGAUGGUUCAUACUAGACCCGCUUUUGGGCCGUUAGAGAAGCAGGAGUAUAAGGAGACUGUAGCGCCGUUUGUGUCGCAGAGUGAAGAGAAGGCGAGGAGGGUUUUUGAGUUGCGGAAGAGUAAGGCUGCCGCGGCAGCUGGUGGUGGCGCUGCUGGAGAAGUUGAUGCUGAUGCUGUUGAGAGUGGUGCUUCUGCCAGUGCUAUCUGA